AUGCCGUUUUCCAGAAGCUUCCUGUCCGAGGAGCAGUUCCAAUGCUCCAUCUGCCUGGACAUAUUUGACAACCCCGUGUCCACGCCGUGCGGCCACAGUUUCUGCAUGGCCUGUAUCAGCAGGUACUGGGAGGGCGUCAAACACUGUCAGUGUCCGCUCUGUAAAGAGUCUUUCAAGAGGAAACCGGAGCUGCACAUCAACCGAACCCUGAGAGAGAUUACCGAGCAGUUCAAAAGCAUGAAAAGGGAGGGCGGGGCCUGGGAGGGCGUGAUAGGCGAAAGAGGUGGGGGCGGCGGUGGUGGAGGAGGAGGAGGAGGAGGAGGAGGAGGAGGGGGGAAAGGGAACGUGUCUGAGGUACGAACUCCAAAACAGGGAGAGCUGCCCGGGGACCUCUUCGGGGAGCUGAAGAGGAAGUUUCCAAAGCUUUCCGUGGGAGGCGAACCUCAGAAUGCCGUCCGUGUUACGGAGCAAGUCCCCACGUGUCAGCAGACACCCGAAGCUUCGGCCGCCACCCUGCCUCGGGGAAUCAUUCAGCGAGUGUCCCAGAGGAGGUACACCUUCAGCGGGGCAGCAGACGCUAUGCAGGUGCCUCUGUGUGACAAGCACCAUCGGAAGCUGGAACUCUACUGCAGAACCGACCUGGAGUGUAUCUGUAUAGAGUGUCUACAGACAGAUCACCACUCACAUGACACAAUAUGUGCAGAGAAGGAGUGGCAUGACAGUAAGACUCAGAUUCGAGUCACAGAGAUGGAGAUAGCGGAGAAGAUAACAGAGAGAAUGAGAAAGGUGGAGGAGAUCAAGCUGUCCCUCGUGGACAUCAAAGCGUCCGCGGAGAGAGAGACUAGAGGCAGUGUGAGGGUCUUCUCAGCUCUGCAGAGCUCCAUCGAGCGUAGCCAGGCGGAGCUUCUGGAGGUGAUCGAGAUGAACCGGCGUUCCGCGGAGCAUCAGGCGGAGGGGAUGGUCAGAGAACUGGAGCAGGAGAUCGUUGAGUUGAAAAAAAGGAGCACGGAGCUUGGGAAACUCGUCCAUUCCGACAACUACAUCAGCUGCCUAAAGACCUACACUGACCUCUGCAACCCUCUACCCAUGAAAAACUGGACCGGGGUCACUGUGAACUCUGACCUGGGCACACGGCCAAUCUACCGUUCCGUCUGUCAGCUACUGCAACGUUACCAAGAGGAGCUGCUGAGACUUCCAGAACUCUGGGUGAAAAGAAUACAAGACUACGCAGAGGACAUUACCCUGGAUUCCAACACGGCCCACCCUCGUCUGAUUCUUUCGGAGGACAGGAAGAAGGUGAGAUGCGGAGACAAGCAUCAGUCACUCCCGGACAAUCCAGAGAGGUUCGACCGCGUGGUGUGUGUCUUAGGCUGCGAGGGCUUUAACAGCGGGAAACACUACUGGGAGGUGGAAGUCGGAGGGAAAACCGACUGGGAUUUGGGCGUAGCCAGCCAAUCCGUCAACAGGAAGGGUAAAAUUACCGUUAAUCCCAAAAACGGUUAUUGGUUCCUCAGCCUCAGAGACAAGACCAACUACGCGUUCCGAACUGAGCCCUCCACCGCCGUGGCGCUGACCCUUAAGCCGCACAAGAUAGGCGUGUAUGUGGACUACGAGAGGGGAGAAGUGUCCUUCUAUAACGUGGACGCCAAGGUGCACAUUUACACCUUCGAGGACACUUUUUAUGAAACCAUUUACCCUUUCUUUAGCCCCUGCACCAACAAAUCCGGUAAAAAUGAUACACCACUGAUUAUAACUCCAGUCUUGCCUGACAGCUGA